AUGCACCUCUACCGCUCCCUCCUGGCCGGGAAGCGCCUGGGCCGGCCCCCCUUGGAUGCGCGGGCGCUGCAGGAGUCCGACUCGGUCCUCAGCUUGGAGGCGAAAAGUUUGUUCCAGUUUGCCAACCAGUGGGGCUUCUUUUUUGACAUGACCUCCAUUUCCACCAACCACGAGGUGAAAUUGGCAGAGCUCCGGGUUCAUCUGCUGCAUUUCCCUCAGGCCAGAAACAUCACUGUGAACAUCUACCAUAGCCAUGAGUACAAAUGUCAUGAGAAUCAGACCUGCACAGAGAAACUCUUCCUGGGCUCCUUCAUCAGUUCCUCCUCCUUCACCCGCUCUCCCUGGAAGGUGUUUAACAUCACAAGCAUGCUCCGCUUCUGGCUCCACCAAGUUGUGAAUUCUGGGGAUGAAAAGGACAUUCCAGAUAUUCAGGACUGGGAGGAAGAGGACUCCACUGAGAAUGGUGUAGGAGACGCCAGUUUGUUCCAAUUUGGGCAUAACAUCUCCAGCCAGGCAGAACGUGUUUUGAUGACCCAUAGUAUGGCCGAUAGGGUCUUACUCAUUAUCUUCUCCAAAGAUAAGUUCUCAGCAACUUCCCCUGGCCCAAGUCUCAUCAGGACCGUGGAGAUGUCAAAGUACAUAAUGGCAGACAAUAACACUUCCAAGGAAAUCAGGGGCCGUCGGCACCGGCGGAACAAAAAGCAAAAGCAAAGGAUUAAAGUGACUGACCUAUCUGCCACCAACUAUGGAGAGGAAAGUCGAUCUCUGUGCAAGAGAGUAGACAUGAUGGUGGACUUUGAACAGACUGGCUGGGGAAGCUGGAUUGUGUACCCCAAGAAGUUCAAUGCAUACCGCUGUGAGGGGGACUGCCCGUCACCUGUCGAUGAGACCUUCAAGCCAACCAAUCAUGCAUAUAUUCAGAGUUUGCUGAAGUUAUACCAGCCCAAUCGAGUGCCCUGUCCAGCAUGUGCCCCUGUCAAACUGAGUCCACUGUCCAUGUUGUACUAUGAGAAAGGGGAGGUGACGCUACGUCAUCAUGAGGACAUGAUCAUAGAGGAAUGUGGCUGCAACUGA